AUGUCCUCUCCCAACCACACCAGCUUCCGCCCUUCCACUUUCAUCCUGGCCAGCACACUGGGGCCGGAAGCUGCCCGUUUCUGGUUGGCAUUCCCUCUGUGCGCUGCGUACCUCCUGGGUGUUGUCGGUAACAGCGCGGUGGUCUUCAUUGUAAGGACAGAGCCGAGCCUCCAUGCCCCCAUGUAUUUCUUCCUCUGCAUGCUGGCUGCCAUCGACCUGCUGUUGUCCACCUCAACCAUGCCCCGGCUGCUCCUGCUCCUUUGGUUGGACUCAAGGGAAAUCAGCUUCGGCACCUGCCUGCUCCAGAUGUUCUUCAUCCACUCCCUGUCCGCGGCCGAGUCCACCGUCCUGCUGGCCAUGGCCUUGGAUCGGUACAUGGCCAUCUGCCAACCUCUGCGGCAUGCUGCUGUCCUUACCAAUCCGGUGACGGCCAAGAUAUGCCUGGCCGCCGUGGUCAGGGGGGUACUGUUCUUCCUCCCGUUGCCCUUGCUCAUCCUUCGCCUAAUGUUCUGCGGCUCCAACGUCCUCUCGCAUGCUUACUGUGUGCACCAGGACGUCAUGAACCUAGCCUGCGUCAGCACCACGGUCAACGUCAUCUACGGCUUGACUGCGAUUGUCGUGGUGAUGGGGCUCGACUCGCUGCUCAUUGCCUUCUCCUACUUCCUGAUCAUCAAGGCUGUCUUGCGUCUGUCCUCCAGGCGGGAGCGGGCCAAGGCUUUCAGCACCUGCGUGGCCCAUCUCUGUGUGGUUCUGGCUUUCUACGUGCCACUCAUUGGGCUGUCCGUGGUGCACAGGUUUGGGAAAGACCUCCCUCGGGUGGUUCACGCUAUCAUGGGGGACAUCUAUCUCUUGGUGCCACCCCUACUGAAUCCCAUUGUCUAUGGAGUGAGGACCAAACAGAUACGCAGACGGAUCCUGAGGUGGAUUGUCCAUCGCUGA